AUAACCUUAGCCCAUUUCCCCUUCUUCUUCUUCUUCCUUGAAACGCUGCCACCUAAGGAAACUGCAACUCUGGACAAUCAAACUCGAGAAGCCGAAAGGUUCCGCCUUUUUCGAUCGAAAAUGGUGGUGAUAGAACCGCACAAGAGUGAAGAAACCCCGGAGUCGACGCCGUCGUCGACGAAAACGACGGCGGGUUCAACCGACGAUACGACAUCCAAUGCUGCAGCAGCACCAAGUGCGCUCGGAGAUGCUUCUGAUGGUUUCGAAACUGCAAGCGAACGCGACGUCAGCGAUAACGAAGACGAUAAUGAUGGGAAUAGAGAAGAUCAUCAUAAAGGACAGCAAGAACAAGAUAAGCAAGCAGAACAGCAAGAACAAAAAGGAGGGGAUUCGUACGAAGAUGCCUUAAAUGAUGAUGAACUGAAGCAGGGAAAAUAUAAUGAGACAAUCAAGGAAUGCACAAAAGCAUUGGAACUUAACCCUUCGUACAUAAAAGCUCUUGUAAGGAGAGGAGAAGCUCAUGAAAAGCUUGAACACUAUGAAGAGGCUAUUGUUGAUAUGAAGAAAAUAUUGGAAUUAGACCCUUCCAAUGACCAGGCUAGGAAAGCAAUUUGUUGCUUAGAACCACUUGCUGCAGAAAAGCGUGAAAAGAUGAAAGAGGAGAUGAUUGCUAAGAUGAAAGAAUUGGGAAACUCCGUUCUUGGCCGUUUUGGGAUGAGUGUGGAUAACUUCAAAGCUGUCCAAGAUCCAAAUACUGGCUCCUAUUCUAUAUCAUUCCAACGCUGAGGUGGUCUCUGAUGACGGUUCCUUUUUGGAAAUUAUGGUAAAAAAAAUGGAUAGGGGAGAUACAUGGCAUGAUACAAUACAAGAGACAAGAGGGAUAUGUUUUGUAUGUGGGAUUAAAGAUUACAAGUAAAUGUGGAGAACUUAGAAUGAUGCAAUUUGGAGGAAUUUCUUUUUUCUACGUGUUAUGUCAGAAAUUAAGUGUUUGGUCAGAAUUUCCCUUGGUUGGAUGGAGUUGUAAAUUGACAGUAUAAAUUGUUUCUUUCAUU